UCCCCCCCCCCCCCCAAAUUUUCCUCUUUCAGUCUUCACUUCAGCCAGCCCCAUGUCCGCUGUGCUGCAGUCAUCUCACACGCUCGUAGUCAUGGGCUUCUCUUCUGCUGAGUAGAGUGGUUGUAUCGUAUGCUCUCUGCACUGCAGCCCAAGAGCAGAGCAUGGGCUCUGCCUCUGCCUCUGAUGAUGUAUGUGGUGUUUGUGUUUGUUUGUUAAAAAUAAUAAUAUAAUGAAAUGAAGAAGAUGAGAACCAGCACUGGACUAAUACUACUUACUGUAGCUCUUUUUUAACUCUAGUGGCCGGUACGGUACUCACCCCUUCCAUCUAUCUUCCAUCAUCUUCAUCUUUCUCCUCCUCCUCCUAUCUGCACCCUCAAAAAUCUCCUGUCCUGACUGAGUACAUACAUUACAUACUCGCUCCUUUCAUCAGUAUAGACUCGGAGUUCGGGUUUGGGUUUGGGUGUGGGUGUGGGUGUUUUCCUCCUCGGCUAUGGCGGCAGCACUGGAGUGCUGGUCCAGCCGGACGAGCACGGACACCGACGACAUGGUCGAGCAGGUCCUCAUGCGCUCCAACGACAGAUCCGAGGGCUCCCCCCCGGCCACCUCUUCAGCAGCCGCAGCAGCCACCCCGGCGAAGGAGACCCCCUCCGCUGUCCAGAAGCGGCUGCAGCGGCUCGGACGGAACGUUUCGGAGGCCAUCGCCUCACUCAAGAACUCCCUCAACAUUGACUCGGCCCGUGACUCUCCGUCUCCCAAGAACGAGAGCUGUCGGAAGGUCGUUUGGGGCAGUGUCGUCCGGAGCUUGACGCAGCUCUACCCAGGGAGCCAGCUGCCGGAGAAGCUCGUCUCCAAUAUCCGCAAGCAUUACGACUCUCUGCCUCUCAGUUACGCGCAGGCAGGUUUUGAUAUGAAAGAAGUGUUUCUCCAUAUCAAAUUGAUGGAGCAGGCGUCAGGGGGAGACAGCCCCGCCACUCUGAUUCAAGAGGUGACUCCUGAGGAGGUCCAAGGUUCAGUUUUUAAGCUCACAUUCGCAUGCAACUCUUCCAUCUCUUGGCCUUUGAUGUCAGGCUCACUCGAUAAUGCCUCCAUAUACUGCAAGAAGUUUCAGAUAUUCGAGAAGAAAGGUUUUACCCUGGGGGUUGUGCUUCUCCAAGUCCAUCCCGAGCACGAGAGAACCUUCAAAACUCGGGUUGAAACAGCCCUCAGAUUGGCCAUGAAGAGGCCCAGAGCCUCCACGGUUAAGCUCCCGUUCGGGCUUUGUGGGUGCCAGGAGGAGGGCACCGAUGGAAGAGACUUGGGUCAGGUGGAAGAGGAUGUAGAUGAGCAGUGUUACAGGAACAACAUUGACAAUCCGUACCAAAAGACCCAACUUCAGAUGCCUUUACCCGAUUCGUCAUUUAUUGUGUCUGUUGAUGAGUGGCAGACGAUUCAGUCAGGCGGCGAUGGGAUAGGAAAGUGGCUGUUGAACUCAGAUAAUCUCGAAUUCGUGGAUCAAAUCGGACCGAAUUCCUACAAGGGUAUUUACAAGGGCAGAAAGGUUGAAAUUGAGAAACUCAAGGGGUGUGAUAAAGGGAAUUCUUAUGAAUUCCAGUUGCGAAAGGAUAUUCUGCAACUUAUGACUUGUGGCCACAGGAACAUUCUUCAAUUCAUUGGAGUCUGCAUUGAUGAGAGCCAUGGGUUGUGCGUUGUCACCAAGUUGAUGGAGGGUGGGUCUGUUCAAGAUUUGAUGCUUAAGAACAAGAAGCUUCAUUUGAAGGAAAUAUUGAGAAUCUCUGUCGAUGUCGUGGAAGGCCUAAAGUUUAUGAACGAUCAUGGCGUUGCUUACAGAGAUAUGAAUACAGCAAGGAUCUUGCUUGAUCGCCAUGGGAAUGCUUGCUUAGGUGAAUUGGGAAUAGUUGCUGCCUGCAAGAGCGUUGGUGAAGCACUGGAAUAUGAAACUGAUGGUUACCGAUGGCUAGCUCCUGAGAUAAUUGCCGGAGACCCAGAGUGUGUCUCUGAGACAUGGAUGAGUAAUGUAUACAGUUUCGGGAUGGUGAUUUGGGAGAUGGUGACUGGUGAGGCAGCAUAUGCUGCUUAUUCCCCGGUGCAAGCGGCUGUAGGAAUUGCAGCUUGUGGGCUAAGGCCAGAUAUCCCGAAGGAUUGUCCCCAAGUCCUGAGGACUCUCAUGACAAAAUGCUGGAACAAUUGUCCCUCAAAGCGUCCUCAGUUUGCUGAGAUUCUGGCCGUUUUGUUACAGUACAGGAGCAGCAACUGUACUAGGUAAUUAGCUCUCUCUUGUCUCAUUCUGGAAGGGAACAUAAGUUUACAUCGACCCCGGGAAAUUGUGUGUAUACAUACAGCUAAAGUACGCAACCUCCAACAGUGAGCAAGUGAGGAGUGAUGGCACUGUAAAGUUGUAGAGAUUGCGUGGAGCUCAGAUCACAUGUAUCGAGAAAGAUUGAAUUGUAGAUGUUCUAAAUGAGAAUAUAAUGAUACAAUGUGGACGUUUGUGAAGGAUAUUAUUCCUUCCCUUAUCACACACUAGCGUAGCCACACUUGCUGCUGUGUUGCUGUGAUUAUGAGAUGCAAAUGGGUGGUUAAUUUUUAAUACUAUAAUAUAUAUGUGGGCAUUUUAUUAUGCCAAACGGGAGAGGACUUUGGUGUUGGAUAUGUACAUAUGUAAUUUGGUUGACAGCGCAACAAGUUAAAAGGAGUUGGGCUGGUGUGUGUGUGUAGGGCAGUGGCCCGACAUGUUUGCGAGUGAUGAGAGCUUGUGUUUAUUAUGUGGUACCAGUCAUGUUUGGCAGUCUUGAGAGGGGCCCCUCCUUGGUUCUUUUCUGCGUCUCAUAAAGUGUGAGAAACUUGGCACUAUUUUUCUCGGUUCA